UUUCAAUAUGGCGUCCAUAGCGGGAAUCCUGUACGUGUCGCGGUGGUGUUUUUUCUCAUUAUUUUUCGAAAUAUAAAUCAUAUUCGAAAGCGCGAGUGCACAAACGAUCAGUUUUUAAAACGGUAAUUCAUGUGAUGUUCUACGUGGCAAACUAAUUUGAUUCUAAAUGACUCGUUUCUUCUUCCUGUUCGUAUGUCGCGAGGAGUGGGGACGACGCGAUGGAAGGGAAAGCACUAGUAGUUCUUGAGUUGAGUGCCUCUGGAAGUAAGCGCUUGCCCGUGAGCCUGUACGGUAGUUCGAUUGGUGCGGUGAAUUUAUUAUUCGACUUUUUUUCUUCUUGUUCGAUCGUUGAAACGCGAAAAUAAGAGAUCGAGUUAGAUUCGAUGUGUGGUGCGAGAUUCGUGUUCAUGGCGUAGUUCAAAAAUUCGCGACGCUUUCGUGAGAACAGUUAACACGACGGCGUGCUAGUGUCGUUGACGUUUCGUGUGUCAGUGUCCUCUCUCUUUCUUUCUCUCUCUUACGCUUGCCCUUUCUCGAUUCGGUCUUUUUCUAUCUCGUCCCUUCUAUAUACGUUAACCAUUGUAUCACAAGUCGCGUCGUUGCUGCAAUGUCAGAUGACAGGUGCGAGGCGCUAUCAUUAGUGUAUAUUAACGAGUCCUUCGAGUGUCCUGCGAAUUUAGGAUAUGCUGCAGAAUGACGAGUGCAAGGUUGUUCUACCGGAAGGGCGGCGAAGAGGACCGAAGACGACGACCACGACGACGAUCUCGAAUUCCCUCGCGCUAGCGGUGGGCUAUGAGCGCUGACAAUGGGGACGACUCCUUGGCAGAAUCGAAGUGACGGAAGAAGGGGAAGUUCCGCGGACAUUCACACGUGGAUGCUGUGGCCUGUGUUGGGGGAUGACGGGCUGAGCCCAACGUCGCCCCCGGCGUCGGCCAGUGUCAAGGGGGUGAACAAACUGGCGCCCCUGCUGCUCUGCGCCCCCUGCAAGCCCACCAGUCACAGGAAGAACCAGAAUUCCACCCAGUGGUACGUGCAGCAGCCCACGUGGCGUUUAUGGGGCGAGGAAAGGGGCGAUGGCGUCAUAUACACGGUGUACCUGAAGAAGGUCCGAUAUCACAGGCCGACCAGGAGCCUCUCCGCAUCGGAUUCGGACGACGAGAUCUCGCAUUUGGAAUGGGAGACGGUGAGAGUGCGUUUCCUGAAAGCCGGCACGGUGCAGCGGCUGGUGGAAAGUCUGGCGAACGACGACGGGGAACUCGAGUCGACGUAUAUCAAUGUCUUCUUGGCGACGUAUCGAGCAUUCACCACGCCGCGGGAAGUGCUGGAGCUAUUGUUGUCGAGGUACGAUGCCCUCGAUGAAGGAUCCGGUGCGCUGACAGGCGAACAACAUCGAAAGACUCUGGUUCAGGCUCUUCACGUCUGGUUGGACGCCUAUCCUGGCGACUGGAAGUCGCCUCCGAACCACCCCUUGCUCAGCCGAGUCCUCGACUUCACGCAUCGACGACUUCCUGGCUCGGAACUCGAGCUCAAGGCAAGGCAUCGUUUGCACAGGUUUCAGCGUGAAGAUCAAAUAGAUUCGUGCAUAGUGUACGACAAUGGUCGAUUAGCGCGUGGUUCCCCGGAUCCAAUCGUGGAUCAUUGGGCGAGCUACAAUUUUCCCGAGGUUCCGCACCGACAUUUCGCCGAGCAGCUGACCAGAAUGGACGCCGAAGUGUUCAAGAAACUCGUGGCCCACCAAUGUUUGGGCGCCGUCUGGUCGAGAAGGGAUCGUUCGAGGAGCCACGACGCGGCCACCGUAUUGGCGACCGUGAAUCAAUUCAACGCCGUUUCCCUUCGGGUCAUAUCCACGAUACUGAUGGACUCGUCGACCAAGCCUCAAGAACGCGCGAGGAUCCUCGAGACGUGGAUCGACAUUGCUCAAGAGUUGCGGGUGUUGAAGAAUUUCAGUAGCCUGAAGGCUAUCGUGUCCGGUCUGCAGAGCAACCCUGUCUACAGAUUGGAGAAGUGUUGGCAGUGUAUGCCCAGGGAGAAGCACGAGCUGUUCAGAGAGUUGGAGAGAAUUUUCUCGGAGGAGAACAACGCGUGGACCCAACGAGAGCUUUUAAUCAAAGAGGGCACUGCCAAGUUCGCGGACACGGCGGGCAGGAGCGACAGACACCUGCAAAAGUUGUUUCAAAAGCAAAAUACUCACGCGGGCAAUAUCAGUUAUGGGACGAUACCGUAUCUGGGCACGUUCUUAACGGAUCUCACCAUGAUAGACACCGCGAUACCUGACACGAUAGCGGAGGGUCUAAUCAACUUCGAUAAAAGGCGGAAAGAAUUCGAGGUCCUCGCUAGGAUAAGAUUGCUUCAGGGUGCCGCGAAUGCGUACAAUUUCAGCACGGAUCCGUUGUUCGAUCGUUGGUUCCACUCCGUGGUUGUGCUCGAUGAUCGAGAAGCGUAUAAACUGAGUUGUCAGAUCGAGCCGCCACCACCCGGAAACACUUUGAGCAAUCGUGGCAAGAAGAAGCAGAGUCAUCAGGGUCACCGUAAGAACGACUCGAUAGCCUCCACGUCGAGUUCGAGUAGCUCCCAGUUUUAUUGCGAUCUGGAUUCCUUGCCGAGCUCGCCCCACAACUCUCUCGAUCGGCGCACGUCGCCAUCCCAGAUGUCCAGCUCUUCGUCCAGCUCGUCCUUGCCAUCGUUGGACGUGUCGUUGAGCUCCGGCGGGGGAAGCGGAGCGACGAAUCAACAGAACCGAUUAGCGCCCCCGACUGCCAUCACAGCCAACGGGAACAGCCCCAAUAUCGUUGGCCUGUCCAGCCCGAGCAAGAGUUCGCCGGAUUUUUACAUAAUAAAAGUGACGAUGGAGAGCGAUAACGUGGAGACCGAGGGUGUGGUGCUGUACAAAUCCAUCAUGCUCUCGAAUAACGAGAGGACGCCGCAAGUGAUACGUAACGCUAUGCUUAAGUUGGGGAUAGAGGGGAGCCCGGACCAGUACACCCUGGCCCAGGUUUUACCCGAUCGUGAAAUGCUUUUGCCAAAUUCGGCCAACGUUUAUUACGCCGUAAAUACCGCACACAAUCUGAACUUCAUUCUACGACCUAGAAGGGAGCCUAACGACAGCGCCACGGAAAGCCCUAAGAGCAAGACGAGUCACAAGCGGUAGUGUCGAAUGUUAAGAG